CGGCCGGCAGGUGCCGUAAAGCGUCGUGUUUUGACUGAAGGAGGUCAUUAGAAAGUGAGGAGGAAGGAGUCCGGGCACCGACAAAUUCAGUGGCAGCUAGUUUCUGAUGCCGCUGUGAGGCACACGCGCCAGCCAAAGACCCCCCCGUGUAGUAUUACAAGCGCCGCGACAUGCUUCGUCUGAUCCUGCGGCUCCGGCCGUCCGCCGGGCUCUCCUCCUGUCCCGGUGCCCUCCCGGCGGGGCCUUCCGCUCUCGGCUCUCGCUCCGUGCCCGUCGCCGGCCGUCUGCGGCGGCUUCACAGCUCCCGCGCCGCGUCGCUGGGUUGGAGCCUCGGCCACAGAGCGACCCUCCCGCGGUGUCCUCAGCUGGGCGCCGGCUGCCAGAGCAAGCGCUUCUACAGCCUCCCUCCGCACCAGAAGGUGGAGCUUCCUGCGCUCUCGCCCACCAUGCAGACGGGCACGAUCGCUCGCUGGGAGAAGAAGGAGGGGGAUAAAAUCAGCGAGGGGGAGCUAAUAGCCGAGGUGGAGACGGACAAGGCCACCGUGGGCUUUGAGAUGAUGGACGAGUGCUACCUGGCUAAGAUCCUGGUUCCUGAAGGCACCAGAGACGUCAGCGUCGGCUCGGUGAUCUGCAUCACGGUGGACAGCCCCGACCUCAUCGCGGCCUUUAAGGAUGUCACGUUGGACUCUGCUAAAGCCGCUGGUGCUGCCCCUUCACCUGCUGCCUCUGCUCCUCCUCCUCCUUCUUCUUCGCCUGCCGCUCCGUCCCCCGCGGCGCCGGGCAGCUCUUACCCCCCACACAUGAAGGUUGCACUUCCUGCACUCUCUCCCACCAUGACGAUGGGAACGGUGCAGCGCUGGGAGAAGAAGGUUGGAGAGAAGCUGAGUGAAGGGGAUUUGCUGGCUGAGAUCGAAACGGACAAGGCAACCAUUGGCUUCGAGGUGCAGGAGGAGGGUUAUCUGGCUAAAAUCCUGGUAUCAGAGGGAACCCGGGACGUCCCUCUGGGAGCGCCGCUCUGCAUCAUCGUGGAAAAAGAAAGUGACAUCGGUGCCUUCAAGGAUUACGUGGAGACCGGGAUGGGAGACGUGUCAGCGCAGCCUCCUGCUCCCACUCCCCCUCCUGUAACGACUCCAGCUCCCAGCGCUGCUCCAGCUGCUGCCGCCGCCCCAGCGGCUCCGAGGAAGGGCCGUGUGUUCGCCAGCCCCCUGGCCAAGAAGCUCGCCGCCGAGAAAGGAAUUGACCUGGCGCAGGUCAGCGGAUCUGGUCCUGAUGGACGCGUCACCAGGAAAGAUAUCGAGAGCUUUGUUCCACCAAAGGUUGCUCCUACUGUAGCUGCUGCUCCCAGCCCAGCUGCUGCCAGAGCUGCUCCUGCACCCUCUGCAGCUCCGGCUGCUCCAGCUGGCACCUUCACAGACAUCCCUAUCAGCAACAUCCGCAAGGUCAUCGCUCAGAGGUUGAUGCAGUCCAAGCAGACCAUCCCCCACUACUAUCUCUCUGUAGACGUUAACAUGGACCGGGUGCUCGAGCUUCGACAAGAGCUCAACGAGGAGGUGAAAGGCCAGAAUAUCAAGCUCAGCGUGAAUGAUUUUAUCAUCAAAGCCAGCGCUCUGGCCUGCCUCAAGGUCCCCGAGUGCAACUCCUCCUGGAUGGACACGGUCAUUCGCCAGAAUCACGUGGUGGACGUGAGCGUGGCGGUGAGCACGGCCAACGGCCUCAUCACGCCCAUCGUGUUCAACGCCCACGUCAAAGGCCUCGCCGCCAUCACCUCCGACGUGGCGACGCUCGCUGCCAAGGCCAGGGAGGGCAAGCUGCAGCCUCACGAGUUCCAGGGAGGAACGUUCACAAUCUCCAACCUGGGGAUGUUUGGCAUCAAGAACUUUUCGGCGAUCAUCAACCCCCCGCAGGCGUGCAUCCUCGCCGUCGGAGGCUCCGAGAAACGACUGAUGCCCGCCGACAACGACAAAGGAUUCGACGUGUCCAACAUGAUGUCGGUAACGCUAAGCUGCGACCACCGGGUGGUGGACGGAGCGGUGGGAGCGCAGUGGCUGGCGGAGUUCAGGAAGCUGCUGGAGAAACCGGUCACCAUGCUGUUGUGAUCAGACUGUAGCGCCACUGAGCGGCAGGAGCAGGCGCAGACCUGACGCCGGGGAGAUCCGAUUGGCCUGGGUCCCCGCGUGAUUGGUCGGCCUGCCACAAGGUCACUCCCGCUUUUAAGCCUGAUGGGAGAAAAGGCAGAGCUCACUCCGAUUACCUAUCUGUCCGUCUCACUCUCUCUCUCUCUCUCCUCUCUUACCUUCUUCUCACUCUCUUUGAUUGGUUUUAUUUAUUUUGGCCCCAUCUGAGAGACCAGAAUUAGGCUUCAUUAAUCUUGGACUAUAUGUCACAAAAGUGCUGAAAAUAAUUAACAAAAGGAAGUGUUACAUGCCCAUCCAGUCAGCAUAUUCAUCCUAUAACUUGUGUGUGUGUGUAUUUCUGCAGACUUUUAUGUCACUUACAGCCAACAUGGUCAAAUAUUAAAGGAAGAUGACGCAUAAACAAUCCAAAUUCUCACACACACACACACCCCAGUCUUCAUUAAGUGGCCACAAACAUACCAGUGGAAAUACUUUAUGCGUUUUUUUUCUGAGGGUUAAAGCUACGGUGUGUUUUAUAGAUAUCACUGUGGACCAACACAGUGUUUGUAUAUUUCUGUACAUGGUGGCGAGCCGUCGGGUUGGAAUAGCCAUGCGCUCAUUUAAAGACCUCGCCGUAGCAAACGACGAGCUGUACAGCCCCCGAGGGAUUAGAGACACUGAGGGUUUUACCGAUUCUCUCUCCUGUCCUAUUUAUUUUCUAGUGUCCUGCAUUUUUCUCGGUCAGCUGAAACGCACAAACACGGUGCUGGAUGUUGUUAAUAAAGGAAAAAUAAACUGGGAGAUUACAAGCGUC